CGGGUUUCCAAUCACAAUAGAGAAACCUAAGAGGCUGCGGAGGGUGUGGGCCCCGCCUCCUCCUUGGCUGCAGAUCCGGCGCCCGAGGAGACGCGCGCAGCUGACAUUGUCUUCGCCAGACUCUUCCAGCGGUCUCGAGAGCCUUCUCUUGCCUGUUAAAAAUGGCAACCCUUAAGGAAAAACUCAUUGCACCAGUUGCAGAAGAAGACACAGCAGUCCCCAACAAUAAGAUCACUGUAGUGGGUGUUGGACAAGUUGGUAUGGCGUGUGCUAUCAGCAUUCUGGGAAAGUCUCUGGCAGAUGAACUUGCUCUGGUGGAUGUUUUGGAAGAUAAGCUCAAAGGAGAAAUGAUGGAUCUGCAGCAUGGAAGCUUAUUUCUUCAAACACCUAAAAUUGUGGCAGAUAAAGAUUACUCUGUGACUGCCAAUUCUAAGAUCGUGGUGGUAACUGCCGGAGUCCGUCAGCAGGAGGGGGAGAGUCGUCUCAAUCUGGUGCAGAGAAAUGUCAAUGUCUUCAAAUUCAUUAUUCCUCAGAUCGUCAAGUACAGUCCCGAUUGCAUCAUAAUUGUGGUUUCCAACCCAGUGGACAUUCUUACAUAUGUUACCUGGAAACUAAGUGGAUUACCCAAGCACCGCGUGAUUGGAAGUGGGUGUAAUCUGGAUUCUGCUAGAUUUCGCUAUCUCAUGGCUGAGAAACUUGGUAUUCAUCCCAGCAGCUGCCAUGGAUGGAUUCUGGGAGAACAUGGAGAUUCAAGUGUGGCUGUGUGGAGUGGAGUGAACGUAGCUGGUGUUUCUCUCCAGGAACUAAAUCCAGAAAUGGGAACGGACAACGAUAGUGAAAACUGGAAGGAAGUGCAUAAGAUGGUGGUUGAAAGUGCCUAUGAAGUCAUCAAGCUAAAAGGAUACACCAACUGGGCUAUUGGGUUAAGUGUGGCUGACCUCAUUGAAUCCAUGUUUAAAAAUCUAUCCAGGAUUCAUCCAGUGUCAACCAUGGUGAAGGGGAUGUACGGCAUUGAGAAUGAAGUCUUUCUGAGCCUUCCCUGUGUCCUUAAUGCUCGGGGAUUAACCAGCGUUAUCAACCAGAAGCUGAAGGAUGAUGAGGUUGCUCAGCUCAAGAAAAGUGCAGAUACUCUGUGGGACAUCCAGAAGGACCUAAAAGACCUGUGACUAUUGAGUUGCAGGUUAUAGAAAUUGGAAAACUACAAUGUGAUUGAUUAACCCUGAGCCUUUAGUCUUCAUCCAUGUACAAGGAUCAGUUUGCUUCUUCCCUAAUAUGUGAUACGGGCUACAGGAUCAAAGCCCAGGCUCACUUUAAUGCUUGCAGUAAUGAGCUCUUGAACAAAUAAAAUUAACUAUUCUAGUGUG